AUGGAUCUAAAAGAUAAGACGAAGAAAUUAAUAGAUGCAAACUUUACCAUUGAAAGUCAGAGAAAAUCUAUUCUAGAGCUACAGUUUCAAAAUGAAAAACUUAGCACAAAAUUACAAGAGGAGAUUGCAGGACAAGUUGAGUUAGAGCACAAGGCAACAGCAACAAGAGAAUUGAGUAAAGUUCUUAAAGAUCAAGUGCUCAGAAUUGACGAGGCUGUGGUAGCAGGUGAACAAGAUCGCGAAGAACUACGUUAUUCGGAAAAGCAGCGAUUAGAGCAAUUCCAAGAAUUAGUUGUGAAAUUCCAGGAAUUGGAAAUACAACAUUCAACAAAAUACAACGAAAUGAAGGAUAAGUUACAAAAACAACAUGAGAAACACUCGGCUUAUAUGGUAGAGAUUGUACAAGAUAUUCAGGAUAAGGAGAAAGAGAUCAAAGUUUUGAGCGAGGAAAAAGCAGAAAAGGACUUAAAAAUAUCAGAAUUGGUGAAAGAUCUUGGUGAAAAUCGAGAACAUUUGGAAGCUACAAAGGGCGAAGAAGCGGCACUAAAAGAUAAGUUGAAGAAAUCAGACAGUAUCAUCACAUCACAAGACAUUAAUUUGAAAAGCGUCAACGAAAUGUUGACAUACGCUCAGAACGAGAACAAGAAUUUAAUGUCUGAUAUUUUAAAAAAAGAAGAAAUGUUCACGAAACUAGAAGAAGAAAACGUUAAGUUACAAAACGUUCUGCAUGAGGAGGAAACCAAGCACAAUCAAGCGUCUGAAGCAUCUCAAGAAAGAAUUGCGCAGCUCAUUUGUGAUAUCGAUGAGCAGAAAUCUCGGAUAAAGGAACAACAAGAGAAAUUAGAGUCGUUAACAGAUGAACUUAACCGUAGAAAAAAAGAUUCAGAUGGUUUCAAAGCUGAAGAAGACAGAUUAGUUAAAGAAAUUGAAGACAUCAAGGAAUCAAAUGCAAAGUUGACCCUUCAUCAAGAAGACCUGAUUAAAUGUGUUCGCGAACUGGAAGAUGAAAAGAAUUCUUUACAACAAAAGAACACGAACUUGAUAGAGAAAGACAAUGAAUUGAAGGUUACUCAUCUUUUUCAGAAUAAUUGGGUUUUUUGUACUCCAUAA